AUGGCGGGCUCUGAAGCACAGCGUGCGAUGUUUCGCCUUCCAGUCGAGCUGUGGUGGGACAUCUUUGACUACCUCAACACCCCGCCUCUGCAUCUUUCCUACCGCGGACAGCAUGUCGUGCUUUCUGACUGCUUGACACCCAAUCCCUCUUGCGACGAUGAUGGAGCCGAGCGGUACCCUGAAGUGGAAGCCACACCGCACAACUCAACGAUGAACGAAAGUCGAUGGGGCGAUGCCUGGUAUGACGGUAUGACCUGUUCAAAAGGUAGCAGAGACACAGAUGCCAUCAUGGCGAAGCGCCUGCGGUCAACUUGGGGUCCUCAUUGGAGAUGCGAGGCCGCUUCCUCAGAUGGCGACCUUGGAGUGAGGAAGCUUCUCUUGGUCUGCAAGCACAUUGAAGCCAUCGAGUACAUGGUCCAUCGCCUCAUCUUUCACAUCACCGACUUGAAUACCCUCGACGCCCUUUGCCAGACCCAGCAUACCGCAGAAGGUCUACCCAAGACUACUUCACUGAUCUCCAUCGGCCACGGAAUGCAAGCGCUUCACGUCACCUUGAGGCUCCCUUUCGAAAUAUUUGAGGCGGUUGAUGGACUGCGAUCAGAGUCAAAGAAAAUGCAGGAGCUGGCUCUUCAAUGGACGCAAGCGUGGCCGGCCGUCGCUGCGCUUAAAGGCCUCCGGAAGAUCCGAGUGGAACUAGACCAUACCAACUGGUCUUCCUGGUCUGUCAUAAACGAGCGUGCGGUACUCUCUUCGCUCGGCACACUCAAGGCUCUUGUGCCUGGUCUCGUACUCACUGUUGUUCUUCCCAAUCUUCAUCCGUUCUAUGAAAAAUCAGACCGUCAUUUCACCCACGACAGCCCUGAACCAUCUUUUCCGAUAAUCCGCCGAGUACGCCAAAAGUAUCAUUGUCGGCAGGGCCCCGACGGUCGACGGAGUAUAGUACGAUCAAGAUAUGAUACCUUCCCAGUUUGGGUUCCUGCGGAGCUCGAGUUGUUGGAGAUUGAGGAGCAUCCAGUCCCCCAACCGUCUCCAGAACAGUAUCGAGAGAUGGUCGAGGAAGAACGACAAGGGUGGAGAAACGGCAUAGACUAUCAUGACUUCAUAGCAGAAUUGCUGGGUUCGUCACCGAUAUGUUACGGCUGA